UUAAAGGGCCAGGUCCUUGGUAAGUCGACGUCGGACCCUCUUCGCAGAAAUCAGAGAAACAGAAAUUAGAGAAACAGCAGAACAAAAUCGGAAGUAAUUCCGUUGCAGGAAUUGAGCAGGAAGCACUUUCCUGCGCAGAAACGGGGACACCAAAAGUUUCAGCAGCAGAGCGGGGAUUCGAAUCCUCAUUUCCGAGCCCUACCUCGACAAAAUAGUCAUGCCUCUUUGGGAUAACCAAAGGAUGAGACCCAGAUCUAAUCACAUUGGCUGAGAAAGAUCGCCCUGGAAUGUUACUGUCUUCUGUCUCUGUGUCUGUGCCCCACCCCUCAAGACGGGUGAUAUCUCCGUCCUGAGCAACAUCCUGAACAGGGCCUGGAUUCGAAAGAAAGGCAAAAAGUGAAAGCUUCUAACUAGGCUUUCCCAAUCUGUAAGAGACCUUUCCCCGCCUCUCAGGGCCCUGAAGAAAUCUAAGCGAAGGUGCAAGAGGAGACUCCGGAGAUCUCAGCAAAGAUGGAACAGCAGGAGGAAGGGACUGAGGCCGAAGGGAACAGACCAUCCCUGCCGUCGCCGGGACUUGAGCCGUGGCCCUCUGCAGCGUUCUCAGCCUUGCCACAUUUUCCCCUGGGGACCCCGGAUCCGGCCCACCUGGGGCUCCCCGAGAGCUUGGCCUCUGUCACCGUCCCCAUCCGUCUGGACGCCCUCUCCUACCUCCUGCACAGCGCCCUGCUGGGGGCCUACACCCUCCAGCAGUCCUUGCCCUCCUGCCCCUGCAAUGCAGAGGCGUGCUGCACCCAGCCAGGUGCCACCACAAGGCCGUCCAGGGGACGUGGGGGCUGGGACGUCCGGCGCAGGCCAGCCCGGGGCCAAGGCCAGCCGCGAUGGGGCCCCAGAAGGGCAGAGCAGCCAGGGAGGGGCUGGCAGCGGGGAUCUGGGGCUGGCCCCAAGAUUCCGCCGGUGCUGCCAGCACCACCAGCACCGCCUGCCCAGGAUGGGAAGAAGGAGGCCGGAGGUCGGGAGCCACCCCAGGACGUGCCAGCUGCUGCGGCUGAAAACUGGGACUCAGAAUACUAGGACCCUGAGGGUCUGGCUCCCCAGACUCCUGAGAGGACCCCCAGAGUCACCAGGAGGGUGUCCCUGGAGCCCAGGGUGACCUCAGCUAAGGCAGGAUACCCCAAGAAACAUCGCGCUCCCCUCUUUUUCCCCCCAAACCACAGCCUCCUGCGAGUCACCCCCUGAAACAUGGACCCGACCCAGGAUCCCACACCAGAAAAAUCCCCGAGCCUCACCCCCAUGCCCCAAGGCAUCCCGACUCCCCGUUCGCAAUUCCAGCCCCAACCACAGUGACAACCUCAGCCCUGUCCCCACUCAUUCCCGUUUCUGUCCCCAUCUGCACCCUCACUCCCCGCUUCCCUGUCUACCCCAGGCCCACCCCAGCCCUCGACCUUAACUGCCUCCUGCCCUUGAGCCCAAGCCCAGCCCACCUUCGACCCCAGCCAGCUCCCUCCCAUCCUCCCCUGCCCCAGCCAGGACAUGCCCCGUGACCCAGCCGCAGAGAACCCACUGGCCCCAAAGACCUGCAGUCCCCACCCCUUUUCCUGCCCUUGGGGGUGGGGAGGCCUGGUUGAACAAUAAAUGGAUGACUGUCCCCA